AUGGCUGAAUAUUCCAAGCGAGAGCGCUUCUGCCGAGUAGAUUACCAAGGCGGCACAUAUCCGGCAGUCAAUAAAACGGUACUUGCGAAAGGUGCGGAGCGGUAUAUGGAUGGCCCGAGCUACUCAUGCGCUUACCGCGUUGCUAGGCUAACGGUCCGUUUUGAUGGUGGGAGCUGGACCGAGGGGAAUGAAAGCGUCGCCAAUGCAUUGUCGGCCGCUGGAACCCACGGGAAAGUGAAGAAGAACGUCGACAGUACCACGUGGUUCCUACCUGGGGAUCUAUGGCACUUUCAUCUUGCACCGGAGCGCAUUCUGUCACAAAUUCAUCAAUGCGGCACAGCGGUGGCUUUCGGCCGUGGACGUAAUUCUGACCGCUACGGAUGCCUUAGUCGGACACUAUAUGUUUCAUUCCGUUUAUCUGCCGUUUCGCAAGUCGGAAGGGCUGAAUUCCAGAUGUUGUCCAUUGUUCAAUCCUAA